AUGGAGGAUCUUGUGGCGAUAUUUGAGGGAGGGGAGAUAGUAAUGUUGAUGGUUGAGAUUGAAAAGAGUGUGCCAGAAUGCGAACAGAGAAAAGUAGGCUGUAGUGGUAAACGAUUGGAAAGGGUUAUUUUAAGGGCCAACAAGUUGGUAGCCCUUAUUGCUCUGUUAAACAAGAUUACAUGA